CGCCCACACGUGUCUGCUUCGGUCAAUCCCUUUCUUUCCUUCUACUUAGACGUACCGUUAUCUCUCAGAAACCAUAUUUCUUGCUUGCUUGCCCACGAAAUCCUCACGACAAAAAUUUCUCUUCUUUAUCGCUUUCGUUCCCCUUCAGUUAUCACAGCACCAACACUUUCGCACAAUGGACCAGCAUUCCAGUCGUACUGGCUUUGUUAGGCCCGCCCAACCCACAAACCUCACCAUCAUACCACCUGCAAGGCAGCCUUCGCCCGCUAUAUCUCUAAUCGACGCUCCACACCACUUCCACUCGGGUCCAGGGAGUUCUGGGGCACGUACACCAACAGAUACCCGCCCACAGAAUGCGGCACAGAAGCGCAGGACAACGCUUCUUUCCCUUAUUGAUGAGCUUGCACAACUCCGCGACGAAGAUAUGGAAAGGGAGCGUUUCCUGCAAGCUUUGAACGAUGAGAAGAAUACUGGCUAUAAUGAUGAUCGCGUCCAAAAGGAAGGCGUUGCUGCGUUCAUGAAAUUCAAUAACCGUUUCCAUCGUCUUGACAAAGAACUCCAAUCCUUCAUCAACGCCGUCCGUCAACUAGGCUCCUCAGUCGGAUUGCUCUCCUCCGCCUACCACCUCCGCGCGCGUCUCACCCAACUUCUCCACCUUUUUCGUGAAAAUGCCGCGGAACUCUUCCGUGAUAUUCACCGAGAACCCGUUCAAACUGUACAGAUCAAACGAUUUACUUCCAGAAAACGGUGGAAACGUCCAACGCAGAAAAUGAAACCCGCUGCAAAAGUGACGAGCGACCCAGAAGCAUUGCCCGAGCAACUCGGCCUGCUCGCAAAAGAUUUGCACACGUUUUUGCAGUGCUUGAAUCAGAUUCCGGAAUUUACAGAUGAAGCGGUGAAUUCGUCUGCCAUGAGCUUUUACCAGGAUUUGAUGUACUGGUCAUCGUGUUUGAAAGAUUAUGAAGGUCAAUUCAGGUGGCCUUCAGUCGAGCGUUACGUCAAUGACUUGACGGGGGAAAUGGGAGAACACUUGGAUCAUAUCUCAGAAGCACUCACAACGUUCAUUGAAGUGGGCGUACCGACCAUUCGGUUCACCCAGCAGCACACCGCAAACGGUCUCCAAAAUCUUUCAACCGUAGCCACAUUUUUCUCCGCGGUCACGGCUUCCACCCUCCAGUACAGCUACCAGACACACUCCACGAAGACUGAGGAGGCUGUCAACCUGUUAUGGGUGACCUCACUUGUGUUUUCACUCGCAAGCGCCAUCAAUAGUCAAUUGGCGUAUCACUGGCGUUCUGCGAUAUAUCGCUCCCCACGAGCCUGCGUUCCGUGGUGGGUAUCGAUCUGGAUCACACGUACUCCCCUUAUGUUUCUUGUCUCCUCUGUGAUCGCGUUCUCCGCGGGGUUGGUAUGCUUCACAUACUCGAACUUUGGUGGGGCAUCCUUUAUCCCUAUUGUCACCACUGUGUGUACCUCAAUUUCGAGUUUCGCCCUAUUUGCAGUCGGGUUUUGGUUUGCAGGAGAACGAUAUGCGUUUGGAAAAACAAAAGGGAGAAAGUGGUUGGCAGAGAUUCUACGUGAUUUCAUUGCUGCCACAAAAAUGUACAGUGGAUACCAUUACUUUACGACACACUUCCCAGGGCGUUACAUCAAAAGAGGUAUCGCGGCGGUCACAUUUCAUUUUAACAAAGCACGGAAUCAAGCAUCAAGGCUCGGAAUCAUGAUAUCCGCACGUCAGGGUUCGUCGACGGCGAGCCUGGAGAAUGGGAGGACCAAUAGCGAUCUCGGGUACGGUGCAUCCAGGGAUGAUUUGCCUCAAUACUACUCGAACAAUUCCGAGCCGGGUAAUGGCUUGACACGCUAUGCGACCCCUCAAUCGUUAUCUUCGGCUUCUAUUCGCACUCCAGUAGCAGUCAGUCCCCGCACUGAAUCGAUCAGUGAGAUUAAGCCCCUGGAAAUUAAGGAGAAGCCUCCUGCUUCUCCCCCACCUACUAGCAUCGUAUUCUCCUCGGAGACAUCUGCAGGCACACCAUCACCUGCCAGCCCUUCCCAGGCUCAAAAUAACCUCGAGGCCUCACGUGCUCCAUCUCAGCCUUCGGCGGGGAGGGGGAGGUUCAAAGCUCUCGUGAACAAAGUUGUACUUAUGAAUCGGGGUGUGGGUUUUGGACCGUUUACCUUACAGCCUAGCCGUCCAAUCACGAGCGAGACGCCUGCAGCGACCUUGACUUCUGGGAGGAAACAUUCAUCUUCUAAUCAUCAUCCGAGUAUGAGUUAUCGAAGGCAGGAUUCAGUGGAAGCACAGCGUCAUAGUCAGUCAAAGAGGCCUCCGUCGAGGUUGGCUGCGAUCGUACCUGCUUUAAAGGCGCUAACAACCACGCAGUAUCUGUCGGAGCAUUCGGCAUUAGUUAGGCAUUUGCAGUUCAGCCCCAGUGGAGAGUACUUUGCCACUUGUUCCUGGGAUCAGACAGCAAUUAUUUGGAAAGUCGGCCAGCCGUUUACGAUCCACCGGAAACUGGCUCACGCUAAGGGUUUCGUCGGUCAAGUGGCAUGGUCUCCAAAUGGGAAGAUCUUACUGACAAAGAUGACCCGCGGUGUCAAAGUCUGGAGUUCGGAGACGGGUGUGUGUCAACGGACAAUUGAGCGGGUUCACAAUAUACAGUCAGUGACCUGGAUGCCGAAUUGUCAGAACUUCAUUUCCGUUGAAGGAACAAGCAUCACUAUGUUGUCUUUGACCGGCAAAGUCGAAUGGACUGCCCAAUUGAAUCACUUGUGGAUGCAUGACGUUGUGGUGACACCAGAUGAAACUAGGCUCCUUGCGGUCGCUACUUUGGAACAAUCACCAGACGGCCUGAAACCAUCCACGUCUCCACAUGAGAAACGCAUUCUAAUUUACAACUUACAAUCUAAGGAAAUCGAAAAUCAAACUCCCGUUCUCAACGAAGUCCGCGAUAUAACACUCUCCGUCUCUGGUACCAGCGCGCUAGUUAGCUACGAACACAGGGCGGCUCCACAACUGUUCCGGAUCGAUCAUGUCAGAGACAGGGGGGCCCGGCUUGUUCUCCUGCACACAUACGUUCCACCAAAGAAAGUUGACUUUGCUGGAGCUUCCUACCUCGGCCAUGUCUCUGGGACUGGUGGUACGGAAGAUCAGAUUGUUUUGUGCGCAGGGAAGAGUGGAGAGGUCCACAUUUGGGAUCGCGAAACGGCUAAACUGUUACAUUUGCUCCGUGCACAAGAUCAAGGCUCAGAUCUUACUGGGAUCGCAUGGAAUAAUUCAAGUCCUAAUCAGCUUAUGUUUGCAAGCGCCACUCACGAUGGAACUGUUCGCAUUUGGACAGCACCGUGGGGAGGCGUUGAGAUGAAGCCACCCCGUCACCAGGAGCCUCCUACAUUUUCAUCCCAACCGCAACAGGCCCCACCACUCCAGCAGUUCACACACACUCGCCCGGUUCUUUCGCCAACAGAUACUGAACGACCUUUGCCUAAUGCGUUGCGUCCUGCCACAACGAUCCGUCUCGAAAGUCCCACACCCACCACCGAUGGUCCAUCGCAAUUCAUACGACUUCCCGAAGAUAUAGUAUGAUCUGUUUGUCCCAUAACUCCUGCUUUCCCAACGUCCGCUUCCUUUUUACGAGAUUGAAGAUCACCUCAACGCCCAGAACGGCGCCCAGACGCUUCCAUCCAGGAGUCAUUGUAUAUUAAAUCGAAUUUGUCACAUUAUUCUGCGCUGUUGGAUAAAAGUCCCAUUUCCAUCCUACCUUAAUCCUUUCACUUUUCUGCUCACCCGUACCCAUAUUGCCACAUCUUUUGUACCAACAUUUGUAAUCAACUUUAAGAUCCGAGGUCUCAUUUAGCACACGAAGAAUAAUAUCCCAGAUUGGAAUCGGGUUACCCGCAUCGCUAAUGUAGCUGGAGUAUAUU